GCAGUUUCGAAUCCUCAGCUGUUGAACAAUCAUUAUGCACCUUUUAGCAGUGGGGUUUAUGGAGAAACAUCGUAUGAGCAAAUGCAAAUGAUCAUCGACCAGACGGUUUUUCGUGAUUCGGACGUUUUUUUGGAUCUAGGUUGUGGCGUUGGGCAGCUAGUAAUGUAUGUUGCUGGAGGGACCAAGGUAAAAAAAUCUGUUGGGAUUGAAAUCAACGACCUACCAGCGAAGUAUGGAGCGGCAAUGAGCGAGGAUUUUUCCAAAUGGAUGAAAUGGUGGAAAAAGAAGUGUCGUCCCUUCCAACUGAUACAUGGUGAUAUGCUAGAUGAGCAAUACAGAAAUCUGAUUACCCAGGUAAGGUUUUUAUAUUUCGACACUGCUCUGGAUUGA